AUGCCUGUCCUUCAGGAGACCAAUGUCCUUCAGGAGACCAAUGUCAGCCAUGCUGCACAAUGGCCAGCCAAUGCCAUGCCUCAAGCUGAAGAGCCAAGACUGCAAUCCCUCCUCUUCAACACGGUUACUAUCUUUCUAGCUGCCGCAUCCUUGGUUGUGGCAUGCCUCCACUUCCUGCACCAAAGAAUGAAGAACAAGAGAAAUGAACAGAGGCGCGGAGAAGAUGGCGGCUUAGACGCACAGACGGAAAGCAACAUUAACGAGAGAGUCGACUCCGGGAUGAGUGGGGAUACUCUGACCCCGAUGGAGAGAACGAGAGACGGGGUUGAGCUGGUCGAAAUCGAGAAUGAGCCUCAGCAGGAUCAAAGCGCGCUCCAUGCUUGCGUCGCACCAAGUGCCGGCACAGCAUCGGUAUAA